UACCUAUAUUAUAAUGUGUUGGUUAUAAUAAUACAUCGUUUAAUUGAUUUUAUUUUUCUGAAGUUUUUUGUACUAAUUGUAAUAAAACCAUAAUUGUUGUCGCCCCUUAUUGUCCCUUAAUGUACACAGGUCCGUCUCAAAAUAUACUUAAAUAUUAUUAUUGUCGUUAGCUUGUGCCGGAAACGUCGAGCACCGAUUUCGGUUUCAACAUAGGUUAGGUUUAUGAGUAGGUACCUGUGCCCAUUAUACGAUGCGAAUACUUUUUGUGUCACGGAAUUCACAGGUGAGAUGUUCGAGUGGUAUUGUAUUUCAUAUUGUUAUAUUUGAAAACGACCAAUGUAUAGAACUAUAUACAUCGACAUGAACCUAAUAUAUAUGUAGGUAUAGAUAUUUGGAUUGUUAUACGUUUUUGUUAUAUCUGUUGUUCGUUAACCAUUUAAUCGUGUUUCGGCCUAAUGUAUAUUUAAGUGUCAACUAAUAUUAGUUGAAAACACGUUUUUAUCCAUCAAUAUCUGGGGGUAAUGGAUUAUUGAUAAGUCUCCUUGUCUGGAGACCUAAAUGCGUCUAGGCGCCACAUUUUGUAUACGAGCGCCGAGCAGUCGCCAGAUAAGACUGUGGUCAUUUGAGUACGGAGGUAUGAAGAGCGCACAUCUAAAAUAUUCUUAUUGAAAUUGUUUCGUUUUUAAUAUAAAAAAUUCUUAUAUUCUCUUUAUUAUAAAAUAAAAACUUAUAUUUGUUAAACAUUUUUGUUUUUAACGGUCAUACAAUAUUCAAUAAACAGAUCUGAACCCAUCGGAUAGAACAAUAAAAUCGCAAGCAGGAAUUGUACAAAACUCAAGCAUGAUGGUUGACUUGACUGCAGGGUCAAGGAAACAACUUUGGAACGGUUCAUCUAUUUAUGGACUCCUUGUAGUCGCAUUGGUGUUUAUAUGUAUAUCACAAGUCGAUUCGUUCAAGCACGAUAGCAACAAAGACGCAGGGGACUGCUCAGGUUCGCGGACGUGUACAAAAUGUGCGCAAAACCCGUCGUGCAGCUGGUCGUUGAAACGGCAGGCGUGCGUGAACACGACGCGGAGGCCGGAACUGUUGAUGGUGAACAUCCGCGAACACUGUCCGCAGUUCACCGUCGUCGACAGCUUCGUCUACAAAAUGCACCUGCCCUUCACGUACAAGGUGAAGGUGUCGAACGACGUGAGCGGUUUCAUUAAGUACCUCGGCAAGAGCAACAUCACAUGCUCCCUGAAGGGCGUGACGUACAACGGUACGGUGAGCGAGGAGGCGGACACGAUCAACUGCCAGACGAUAAGCAACGACAAUCUGGAGUUCGACAAGCAGCGGCUAAUGAUCUACCACUACAGCAUCGCGUUCGACGGCGUGCCGCUUCGGAUCGACGACGGCGUCAACAACUACUUCACCGUGUACAACAGCCAUUAUUGCGACAUCACCAACAAGACCAAAGACUGCGUCGCGUGUUCCUGGAACUCGGAACUCAACACGUUCUACUACAAACGGUGUUCGGCGGGUAACAUGUGUACAGGCCUGUUCGAAUUCUACGACCGCCGGAACGCGACUGCUUUCGAGGACACGGCGGCAGACGACCCGGACAACAAGGACACCGCGUCUCUGCUCACUGAAUCCGGACCGCCCGCGGGAGUUUGCCCGGACAUGACGAUUCAGUCGGUGGAACCGCUGUCGGCCCCGUGGUCGGGCGGAGCAACGCUGGUGAUAACCAUCAAGAACCACGAAGUGCUGUCCGAAUCGCGGAAGGUGACAGUUAUGGUGGCCGGACGCGAUUGCGUCCACCCGAAGAAGAUCAACGGCGAGACCAUCUCAUGCACGGUCGGAUCACCGAAGCCUGACGACUUGGCCACAGGCCCGGUGCACGUCAUAUACGGACAGCUGAGACUGACGUCGGCACAGACAUUCCAAUUCGUCUACCCCGAGCCAACCGCCCUUAGCCCGACGUGUGGCCCUGUCUCCGGCGGUACCUUGUUGCACAUUACCGGCCGUUCCCUGGACGCCGGCAGCACGGCCACUGUGUCCGUGGGCCCUGCUAACGUGCCGUGCGAGUUGGUCGCUAGGUACGAGGACCGCUUGCUGUGCGUGACCGGACCGUCGGACGCGCCGGCCGCGGGCGCCGUCACCGUCGUGUUCGACAAGUUCCUGAGGAGGAAAGUCGGUGUAAACGGUACCGGCGCACCGCUUUCCAAGGCUGCGGUGCAGUUCGUGUACGCGGGUGACCCAGUGCUGGACGCGGGACAGCCGUUCUCGGGCAUCGCUUCAGGUGGAACCUACAUCCCGGUGCGUGGCCGCCAUCUGGCGUGUGUGAGUAACGCCACGCUGUACGUGGACGACUCGGACGGCGUGCGACACUAUGCCGGUUGCACGGUACACAACGACACGUUUAUGGAGUGCCGGUCACCAGCGCUCGAAGCGCCCCGAUCGUCCCCCGCUUGUGCCACGGCCGUUGCUCCGUCAUUGAAUUUUGGUUUCCGCGUGCAUUUUGCCGACCACACUUUGGACUUGUCCCCUCAGUCCGACUUUCCCAGUUACCGGCUGUACGCUGAUCCGGCGUUCACGGAUUUUGAUACUGACGGCCGCAACGUGACGAUCAACGGCCGCCACCUGGACCGAGGCUACCAGCCGUCCGUCGACCUGGCCAUCCGAUUGCGUAACGCCAAGGGCACCCCGUGCACAGUCAUCAGCACACAGCGACGACGAAUCGUGUGCGUGAGACCGCCGUCGUCAACCGAGGACGGUGACCUGCGUGAAAUCUACGUCACCGUCGGCCACGAAUUUGGCCGCACCGUCAAGAAGAACAGCAACACCGACAAUCGUUUAGCAGACGGACCGUUGGGCGUGUUCGAAGCGUUCCUGCUGAUGGUCGGCAUCCUCACCGGCGUGUGCUUCAUGUCGGCGCUGGUCGGCGCGGUCUACGUGGUGUGGAACAACAAAUGCAACAUCCGCCGAUACUUGUAAUCCACCUCGGCCACAGUAAUAUUACAUUGUGUGCUGGACGUAUCGAGGAGUACAGCAUCCGGUAGAGCGAUUCGGCACAAACAGUUCAAAAACUUAUUGAUGAUUUUAAUUUGUACAUUUUGGUUUUUUUUUUAUUUUACUCUGUAUGCAUAGAUAAUAAUCUAAUAAAGUAAAUUAACUAUUUUUAUAAUGCCGGUAAACUGAUGAUCACUAGGAUCUAUACAGGUUGGCCAUAGAUUGUGAAGUAAUCAAACAAAAAUUUAUAAUGUUUUCAGAUUUACAUUCUUACAUUAGA